AUGGCGGCGCUCCGGAGCCUGUCUCUCCACGCGCCCAUCUCCGCGCCGUCGCAUGCCCUUACCGCGGGCGCGCAGGCGCGGAGCCAGCGCUCGGCGCUUUCCGCGUCUUUCAGCGGGCUGCGGAGACGCUCUGCCGUGCGAUCGCCGUCGCAGCAGCAGCAGCAGAGGGGGCGGUUCGCGCCCGCUCUGCACGGCGCAAAUAGCGGGAGAUCUGCGAUCGUGCAAGCAAACUGGAACCAGGAGGUGGUUUUCGCGGACGCGCCUGUGAUCCAAUCGGAGAAGGUGGCGGAGCUGCUGUAUGCGGUCUCUCUCAAUGUCAGCGACCUUCCGGAGAUCAGGGACGGUUACACGAAGCCGGGGCAGUUCGUGCAGGUGAAGGUGGGCGACGCCAAGCCCGCGUUCCUCGCGAUCGCGUCGCCGCCCAGCGUCGCGCGCGACGAGGGGCGGCUCGAGUUCCUCAUCAAGGCCGUCGAGGGCUCCACGGCUGCGCUGAUCGCGGAGGCGAAGGCGGGCGCGCGCGUGGCGGUGAGCGCGGUGAUGGGGAAGGGGUUCAACGCGGACGCCGUGUCGCCCGCGGGGGAGUUCCCGUCGUUGCUGCUCUUCGCCACGGGAUCCGGCAUCAGUCCCAUCCGCGCGCUGAUCGAGCACGGGUUCGACGCCAAGGACCGCCGCGACGUGCGCCUGUACUUCGGCGUGCGCAACAACGCCUUCCUGCCGUACCAGGAGCGGUUUGCAGCGUGGGAGGCGUCGGGUGUGCAGGUGAUUCCCGUGUUCUCUAACCCCGACGAUGGCUGGACUGGCGCCUCUGGCUUCGUGCAGUCGGCGUACGGUGCGGCAACCCCUGUAGCGGAUGGUAGCAAGGCAGGGGCGGUGCUGUGCGGCCACAAGGGGAUGACCCAGGACGUGACUGCACUGCUGACAGAGCAAGGAGUCGCCAAGGACAAGAUCCUCAUGAACUUCUGA